CGGUGGAUGGUCUGAAACAUAGAGGUCGGCUUUCGGUGGGGCUUCGCGGCUCCGGAGCCCAGCAUGGCCUCCUCACGAGCUUCCUCCGCGGCAACCAAAACUAAGGCAUCUGAUGACUUAGUUGCUCCUGUUGUGAAGAAACCACACAUCUAUUAUGGAAGUUUGGAAGAGAAGGAGAGGGAGCGCCUGGCCAAAGGAGAAUCUGGGAUUUUGGGAAAAGAAGGACUUAAAGCAGGAAUUGAAGCAGGAAACAUUAACAUAACCUCUGGAGAAGUGUUUGAAAUUGAAGACCACAUCAGUGAGCGACAGGCUGAAGUGUUAGCUGAGUUUGAGAGGAGGAAGCGAGCCCGGCAAAUCAAUGUUUCCACAGAUGACUCAGAGGUCAAGGCUUGCCUUAGGGCCUUGGGGGAACCCAUCACACUUUUUGGAGAGGGUACAGCUGAAAGAAGCGAAAGGUUAAGAAAUAUCCUUUCAGUGGUCGGUACUGAUGCCUUAAAAAAGACCAGAAAAGAUGAUGAGAAAUCAAAGAAGUCCAAAGAAGAGUAUCAGCAAACCUGGUACCAUGAAGGACCAAACAGCCUGAAGGUUGCUAGACUGUGGAUUGCUAAUUACUCACUGCCCAGGGCAAUGAAACGCUUGGAAGAGGCCCGUCUUCAUAAAGAGAUUCCUGAGACAACGAGAACCUCCCAGAUGCAAGAACUGCACAAAUCUCUCCGGUCUUUGAAUAAUUUCUGCAGUCAGAUUGGGGAUGAUCGGCCUAUCUCCUACUGUCACUUUAGUCCCAAUUCCAAAAUGCUGGCCACAGCUUGUUGGAGUGGGCUUUGCAAGCUCUGGUCUGUUCCUGAUUGCAACCUCCUCCAUACUCUUCGAGGCCAUAACACAAAUGUGGGAGCAAUUGUAUUCCAUCCAAAAUCCACUGUCUCCUUGGACCAAAAAGAUGUCAAUCUGGCCUCUUGUGCUGCUGAUGGUUCUGUGAAGCUUUGGAGCCUUGACAGUGAUGAACCAGUGGCAGAUAUUGAAGGCCAUACAGUGCGUGUGGCCCGUGUAAUGUGGCAUCCAUCAGGACGUUUCUUAGGUACCACCUGCUAUGACCGUUCAUGGCGCUUAUGGGAUUUGGAGGCUCAAGAGGAAAUCCUGCAUCAGGAAGGCCACAGCAUGGGUGUGUAUGACAUUGCCUUCCAUCAAGAUGGCUCUUUGGCUGGCACUGGGGGACUAGAUGCAUUUGGUCGAGUUUGGGACCUGCGUACAGGACGUUGCAUCAUGUUCCUAGAAGGUCACCUGAAGGAAAUCUAUGGAAUAAAUUUCUCUCCCAAUGGCUACCACGUUGCAACUGGCAGUGGUGACAACACCUGCAAAGUGUGGGACCUUCGACAGCGGCGUUGUGUCUAUACCAUUCCUGCCCACCAGAAUUUAGUGACUGGUGUCAAGUUUGAGCCUAUCCAUGGGAAUUUCUUGCUUACUGGUGCCUAUGAUAACACAGCCAAGAUCUGGACCCACCCAGGCUGGUCGCCACUGAAGACUCUGGCCGGCCACGAAGGCAAAGUGAUGGGCCUAGACAUUUCUUCCAAUGGGCAGCUCAUAGCCACUUGCUCAUAUGACAGGACCUUCAAGCUCUGGAUGGCUGAAUAGGCAGGACCAUGGAAGAUGGAUUCUAGCCUCACUCUCUCUUUAGAGCCAUUUUCAAAGGAAAGGAAUUGAUGUGUUUUGUUCUAUCAUGUAUUUUGCUAAUUACCAUGUAUAUAGAUCCUCAAAAGAAUUGGAUUUCCAUGUCAGUUCCCACUUCAAGCAGGCAGCCCAGUCCCUGGGUGUUGGUGAACCCCUUUCAUGGUUGAAAUUUUAAUUUUCAUCUUCAGGCCCUGCCAUGAACUUUGUAGACAUUGUUUUUAUUAAUCUUUUGUUUGAAUGCCCUAUUGCUUCCCUCACAGCACUCCGGAUUGUGACUGACUCUAUUUUUAAUUCUUGAAACUUGGCUUUCCAUUACAUGGUACAUGCUUCAGGACUACAUGUGACUCAGAGAGCAAGGUGGCUGGACUAUACUCUGGAAGCCCUUGAGUAGAGAGACACACCUCACCAUGCACUGGCUAAACUUGCCUGACAGAGCAAAGAACCCUGAGAACAGAAGGUGAAGAGGUAGACCACAGCUAUGCUCAGGGUUCUGCAGUAGAGAAUAUUUUACCUCUUCCUCUUGAGUUCACUUGGAAUGCUAACUGCAUUGGGAAGCUCAGAACUGAACAUUUUCCUCGUCAGAAGAUGUCUUCCAUUUUGCUUUCAAGUUUGGCAUCCUUUGUGUUACCCAAAAGCUAGGCCAUUGUGUCAAGAUUCAAUGAAAUUUUUAGAAAGCAAA